GUAGCAGUGAAAGUCUCGCCAGGAAACGGAAACGGUUAGUACGUUGGUACAAAGCAGGCGGAACGGCCUUCUAAACUGGCAAGUAGCUCAAGACAAACUCAACAACAAGUUCAACUCAAAAAUUAUUACUAGUUGCAAACAUCAACACUCCGCCACCGCCGUGUAAGAUUGAACUCUACAUAUACUUUUUUGUUGUUGUCUCAACAACGUUCGUAGGAAGUGGAAAAUCACGUUUUGAUCCCUCUGAGAGAGCAUUUCUCGAAGCGCACGACCCACCAAAGAAGUCCUAGUUUUGUUCUCGCUUUUGAUAAAUGUUUUGCGUAGUAUUGGGAACCGGACGAACGUAAAAGUACUUAUACACAUUAAGCUGAACAAGAAGACGUGACAUCAUUAUAUUAGGCUAGUUGUUUUUUACAUGAGGUGAAGAAGAACCAGUGAGUUACGUUCUGUGCCGGUCCCUGUCGCAAAUUCUUUUUUGGACAGAAUUGAGAUGACGUUGUCGCGGGAGAUGCGCAGCCAACACGACAGAGAUCACGACCCCGAAAAUCCGCAUCAAGAAGCUUCCCUGCUUUGCCACGGACGGUCGCUGCUUUUUGCGGCCGAGGAGGGUGAUUCUGAUUCCACAUUCGUAGCGAAGGCAUCCCUGCUGGCCGCUGGAACAACAAGUUGUGGAGAGGAAGAUCCUGAUCGUGGUGAUACCUCAUCUUCUUGUUGUCGAAGGUUAUUGUGGCUUUGGGUGGUGCUAGCAGUCGUUGUGGUUCUUUUGACCGCUGGCAUCGUACCAGUGGCGAUCGUAGUGGCAAAAAAUAACGAACAGGCGGAAAGGUCGCACACCAUCGAGCACGGACAGCCGGGAACAGGUACACACGGCUCGAGUAGUACUCAUAAUUCGCCAGGGACGAGGCCGCACAACCCUAGGACUGGCCCACCCCCACCAGGUGGUGCGGGUAGGCCACCACCCCCACCUAGUGGUCCCCAUGCUGGGCCGAGUGUUCCACCAGCGUCUACUCCUGCGCAGUUUUCCAAGGCCCAGGAUGGACUCGCGGGCGCCAAGGAGUACAUGACGUGGCUGCGAGACGUGAAAAAGGUGAACAAACUCGUGCUUGCGCAUACUCUAGGAAGUUUGAACCCGAUGCACAAGGGCCACGCAGCGCUGUUUGACCGGAUCUACAGCGAGACCGAUGCCGCCAGCGCCGCGCUGACGAGGAAGCGGGAAGAGGAUUCUGCCACGCAGUUUUUCGGCGGUCCGGAGUACGACCCUGGUUCCUUUGGCUUCCUCGGGUGGUACACCUUCAAUGCGGACACGCACGUCCUCAACAAGAUCCAACCGCCGGCGGACCGACCGAACUGGCGGUGGUUGGUCCGGCUCCGCGUGCCGAUGGCCCACCUGGCGCUGCGAUCGCGGGUCCACGCCUACGCUUCCGACACCCCGGAAUUCUUUGCGCAGAAACGUCUUUCCGCCGAUUUGUACGCCCACGCCGUCAGGCUGUUUGGUGAGGCGAACGUGGUGAAGCUGGAUGUGAACGGGUCGGAUGACGUACGCAAGUACAGGAAGUGGCAAAAGUCCCCGGCUGUGUUUCAGGCCGCUAUCGUUCGCGAUGCCGCCGACAGAAGUAUUAUUUUGAAUACGAAGUACAACGAAGCAACUACGGGGCCCGUGACCGUUGGCCAGAGGUUGCAGGAUGCCGGGGACGACUUUGCGAAGAAGUUCAUGCUCGUUGACCAGGAUCCUAGUAACCAGGCCGCUGCGGCGAGCAGCACAAAGGUCCGCACAGUGUUCACAGCCUUACGAGCCAACCACACGGCCGCUUUGACGCCAGCACAGCAACAGGACCUGCAGGUCCUGCUCACGGACGACCAGGUAGCCAUGCUGCAACAGAAAUUCGCGGAAGAGAUCGGGGUAUGAAGUACAAGAUACCCUAGCAAGAACCGCUGGGGGACGCGCUGCGGGGUAAAUCAUUCAUUGAAGGAUGGAAGAUGAGCCUGCAGCUCCGAGAAGUCAGCCUCAGCGUACUGACGAUUGCCAUGAGCUCCACAUCAAUCAUGCCGAUGAUUCCGAUUCGAGCUACGUGGCUAGCAGUGCGCAAAGGCGCUUGCCAGUUGUGCCUAGCCUUGUACUACAAGUUUUGGCUAUCACGAACAUACUAGGCUGUUACUACAAGUUUUGGCUGUUACUACAAGUUUUGGCUGUUACUACAAGUUUUGGCUUAAUCUUAAACGAGCAUACUAGUGUAGUAAUUUUGGGAGGUUUUGUUUUUGCUCCCAAUAAUCAUUAAAUGAUGUCCAUAGUUGGGUGCAUCAGUAGACACCCCUGCUUAUUAUAAAUUUAUAUUUGUUGACUACAGAAGUUUUGUUAGCAAUCCAAAUUAGACUAUGCUGGCGCGAAUUCGGCUUCGGCACAGGAGGUUGUAGGAGAAACAGAAAGAUAUAUAUGUAUUUUUCUACUUUUUCCAAGGACUACAGCUACAUCGAACUUUCUUCUUACGAUUUCGAAAGAGAAAGUUCGACUGUGUGCGCGCUUCUGGAGGCGAGCGAUACCUCGUUGUCUGCCGUGCUGUAAGAUUCAACAUUCGAUUACUUAUGACCAAGAACACGACUCGAAUGACCAUAGUGCAUAGUGUAUGAUGCUCAGAUGGAGAUGUUGUUGACCCAGAUAGAUGAAUCUCUCUCUUCCUUCGUCAACCUCGUCCCACACGAUAUGCACCGCGGAUUGGGAUCCGAUCCCGAAAGCACAGGACCGUGCUGUCCUUGUCAGGAGUCAUCUAGAUCUACUGAAGUAGUACAACGACCUCGUAC